UACAAAUACAGAUAUUGACAAUAACUGCUUGCUAUUAUUGGGUAGAAUGAAGGAGGGAAUGAAGAAGUUAAUAGAUUUAAAAAAACCUUUGUCAGCUAGAUGGCAAACAUUAUGCAAUGGGGUACUUGAUGAGAUUAGUGAUGCAACAAUAAAAAACCUUCAUUGUUUAAUUUUUCCAAGCAUUUUUUGUGACGAAGAAGCACUUUUGUUCACCAUGGCGCUAGAUCCAAUCUAUCCAACCCCUGCUCUGAAAAUUGAAGGAGAUGCUAUAAAUCCAACACGAAUAAGUCUUGUAGUUGACGGGCUGACACUAAGCAAUUCUGUUCCUAAUGUAACUUGUGGUUUGGGUCUCGUCAUCUGCUCAUAUUAUAUUUUUGAUAUUGCGUAUCCAAAGAAAUUACAAAAAACCCUGUCUUUUCUAGAACAUUACGUUUUUGAACGAAGGAGUAAACUUCCUGCCAACAUUCAAAACAUUGCUAGUUUUUUGAACUUAUAAUA